GUUUUAUAGCCCACCAUGUCUGUCAAGUUCCAAGAAGAGACCGUUCGCACCGUCACUGGCGGCAAGCCAGAGGACCUGGUGCACCGCGUCGGCGAGCGAUUGACCGGUGGACACACAACUGCCGGCUACCUCGCGGCCUACCUCAAGCAGCUCCAGCACAACCCGCUGCGCACCAAGAUGCUCACCUCCGGUGUGCUCUCUGGUCUCCAAGAACUCCUCGCCUCCUACCUGGCCCACGAUGUCGGCAAGCAUGGCCACUACUUCUCCUCGCGCAUCCCCAAGAUGUCGCUCUACGGCAUGUUCAUCGCCGCGCCCCUCGGCCACGUCCUCAUCGGAAUCUUGCAGAAGAUCUUCGCUGGCCGCACCAGCCUUAAGGCCAAGAUCCUUCAGAUCUUGGUGAGCAACUUGAUUAUCUCCCCCAUCCAGAACUCCGUCUACCUGUGCUCGAUGGCGGUCAUCGCUGGUGCGCGUACCUUCCACCAGGUUCGCGCUACGGUUCGUGCCGGCUUCAUGCCCGUCAUGAAGGUCAGCUGGGUUACUUCCCCGCUGGCUCUGGCCUUUGCCCAGAAGUUCCUCCCCGAGCACACCUGGGUGCCCUUCUUCAACAUCAUGGGUUUCUUCAUUGGAACCUACGUUAACACCCACACCAAGAAGAAGCGUCUGGAAGCUCUGCGCAAGCGUUACGACCAGCGUGAUCAGCGCCGUGACUACGAGAAGCGCGACUACCCUUAG